UGCGUUCGAGUCGCAUCGCGGACCGUGGCACGUGGAGUCGCGUUCGCGAACCUGCGUCAGAAAAUAAAUUCUGUAUUUUUCUGACUUUACUGACUUUGCUCGUGUCGCGCGCGAAUAUAAUCGUCCGAUUAUUGCACACGAAAUUUACAAAUAUGUAUAACUCAUACAAGAAAUAGACUUAGGUAUUGUCGAAUCGUUAUUGGAGCGACGCAGAAACGUUGAUAUCGCGGAUUCGUGUAUUAAUUUUUUUUCUUUAUGCCACGUGCGAACGUAGGAAGAUUGAAGUCAUCGGUAUGGUGCAAGCUAAUGGUGCAAGCUAGUGAAGUGUUUGAUAUGAAGGAGCGGUGUAUCGAAAAUAAUAAUUUAUUACGCCUUUUUGGAGCAAAUUAAUACUUUGCUCUUGUAUGGAACUAUUGGACUCGGGAAGAACUUUUGCAGAAUAAAAUUACAUUAACAGGAUGGGAUUGAAGAUUAGAAGAGACAACUCUUUAAGAAUUGAAAAUUUAAGUGCCUGCAAUUCAAGUGCCUACUAAGGAAGAGAAAUGAGAAUAAUAAUUUCGCGGGAAACGAAUAAGGAAACUAAUUUAUGACAUUACUUGAUCACAAUCGCAUCGUGUCGAGAUCGACGAUUGAGAACACUUAGUAAGUGCCAUAGUAUUCUGAAUCAUGUACGCAUCCAACGAUUAAAGUCGUACGACAAAUUGCUUAUCUGCUUUGCUAUCGGGAGCGAGGCGAAGAGAUUGUGAUUACGUUUCCUUUCCGCCUAAGAAAUGAGCCAGAGUGAAAGAAGUGUCGUGAAGCACGGUCCUGAGGGCUUACCUCCGCCUCUUUUGUUGCCGCCGCCGCCACCACCGCCACCGCCACCGCCACCACCACCACCACCACCACCACCACCACCACCACCUCCUUUACCGAAGCUUCCAACUCAUUCGCACCAAAAACUCUUCAAGAAAUGCAAGAGCGCCACGUUCCAGCUUGAUGGCGCGACAUAUACAAUAG